AUGGUACAGCAAAUUGGCAGAACCUCUUGCAACAUAACCAAUGACAAAUUGAGGGUAAAACCAGAACAAAAAAGUGAAGAGUCCGAUCUGUCUGAUCUCUAUCCGGAAAGAAGAGGAUCAAAAUCAAAAUCAAAAUCCGAAAGUUGGUUCGAUAUAUUUCGUCGCUUCAACAAUCGAGAAGAUCUUACGAAGUUGAAAUGCGAAUCAAAUGUUUACAAGUGUAUAAAAAACAGUCCUCUAGUUAAACUUAUGAUGGCAGCAUUAAAGAGUUCAGGAUGUGAAAUUGACAUUCGCCGUCAUAUUUCUUGUGAAAUGUGCGACACAUCAGUCACAGGUGGAUAUGAUCCAGAAUUGAAUCAGAUCGUAGUUUGUCAAAAUACUGCUCCAUCUAAAGGACUAGUCCAAGGCGUUUUAAGUCAUGAAAUGAUUCAUAUGUUUGAUUACUGCCGUAACUAUAUGGACGUUAAUAACAUAGACCAUCUAGCUUGUACGGAAAUCAGAGCAGCAAACCUAUGUCAUUGUAGUUUUCUUAGUGCAUGGGUGCAAGGACAUGCUUCUCCCUUUAAUGUUAAGGAAGCACAUCAGAAUUGUGUCAAGGACAAGGCAAUUAAAUCCGUACUUGCUGUGCGACGGGUUUCGGAGAAUGUGGCACGAGCAGCUGUGAUGCGAGUUUUUGAUAAAUGUUACAAUGACUUGGAACCGAUUGGAAGACGGCUUCGUAGAAACUCCAUGGAUAUGCAGAAAGCCUAUAUGGAAGGUCCAUUGUAUGGAUAUUCAGAUUAG